AUGAAUAUAUACGAUGACUUCUUCUUUCGGCUGCCAAAAUGGGAACGACUUGGACCAUCCGGUGGUUCGCUCGUUUCCGGCCGUGGUAAAUUCCGGCCAGGAUAUGCCUCAAGUAUUUCCGAGAAUCAAUUUUACUUGUCCGAACCAUCAUUUGCAUACAAAUUUGGUAAAGUGAAAAUAUGCCAGAUGAGCGAGAGAAUGGAUACAAAAGUUGACUUAAUAUUGAUGAAAAAAAGAUCCCGAAUCGAUUGGGGAAGCAGCAAUGAUGGUUUGAAUUUGUAA